GUACAUACCAACCAGAAGAGCUGCUCCUGCUGCCUUGCAUAUUGUGAUCCAAUCUGAGGAGUGUGGUGUGAGGUGAUCAUUACUCUGGUCAUCUGCAAGUCAGAAGUUGUCAAAAGGAAGAAUACUACUGUAGGACAAGAUGGGUCUUUACAAUGAACAAGGAGAAGCUGUCGGUGCACCAAAAUCCAUUGAGCUUCCUCAGGACAAACAUGUAACUCAGAGUGCCCAUUGCAGGACUCUCCAGAAGCCUCAGUACACAGACGUACUCUUUGUAGCUGGCGGGUGGAGCCUUGAUGAGCCCACAUCUCGGCUGGAGAGGUUCAGCAGCCAGGCGAAUGAGUGGAAGGCGAUGGCUCCGCUGAGCAGACGCAGGGGGGACGUGGGCGUCUGUGGAGUCGGGGGCUUCAUCUAUGCUGUGGGGGGUCAUGAUGGGAUAUCUUGUGUCCGUAAUGUAGAAAGGUAUGACCCAAAGACAGACACAUGGAACAGUGAUGUGGCACCGCUGAGCAGCGCAAGGAGCAGAGUGGGACUGGCUGCCAUGGAUGAGUGCCUGUUUGCUCUGGGUGGAUGUGAUGGCACCACCAGUACCAACAUCGUGGAGAGAUAUGACCCAAAAAUGAACAUGUGGUUCAAAGUAGCCCCCAUGAACUAUAGACGAGCAGGAGCUGCAGUAGCAGUUUUGGCUGGAUUCCUGUAUGUAAUGGGAGGAAGCGAUGGGGAAUCACCUUUGAACACUGUGGAGCGAUACAGCCCAACAGAGGACAGCUGGACUAUCUGUCCUGCAAUGGGCUCAUGGAGAGAGAAUGCAGGCUGUACAGUUUUUCAGGAUAAGAUCUACGUGGCGGGAGGACGUGAUGAUAUUCAUGAGCUUAGCACCGUAGAAAGGUUUGACAUCAAGACAUUCAGGUGGUCGCCAGUGAUGCCGAUGAAGUCCAAACGCAAUCAGGCGGCCCUGGUGGCUUUGAAUGGUUUUCUCCUGGCCGUUGGGGGUAAUGAUGGCAUCACAGAUUUGAACACAGUGGAAAUCUAUGAUUAUGAGACAAACACAUGGAGGCAUUUUGGGAGCAUGAAGUUUAAACACCCUGGAGGUGGAGCUGGUGUGGUGAAGAUGGAGCAGCGUGAUGCUUUAUAACUUUAAUCACAUGGUUGGGAAGGACUCUUUCUGAGCCAAUUAACACCUGCAUGUGUUCAUUCACACUCUAUUUUGCUUUUCAAAAUUGAAAAGGUUACCCAGGACCCAUUGGCGAAGUGUGAAUCAUAUUAAAACUGGUGCAAGAGGCUGCAGAUAGGCUCCAUGUGCAUUUCUAAAAACCUUCUUGAUGAUUGACUGCAGUAUUACUGGGCAAACUUGUUAGUUUGCUAAGUUGAAUGCUUCACAGCUCGUGAAGUGACCCUUUUUCAGUAUUAGAAUGUCAAAAAUACUUUGAAGAUUAAUAUAAGUGGCUUUUACUUCCAUAAGUGCACCUAAAGUACUGUAAAAGCCUUCUGAGCGUCUAAUGUGUUUGCUUGUAGAAAACAUACAGUCUCUGUGCUUGUUUAGUCAUACGCAAGGGCAUUAUUAAGUUACACAAAUGCAGCAGCAGCUUCAGCACUGCUAUAAUAAACAAUGCCUGGUUUUAUUGGUUUAAUUGGAGUGAUACAUUGACUUUGUGUUGGUCCUUAAAGAUCAAAUUAAAUCAAGACUGAGCUAUUUUCUUACAAGGACAAGA